AUGCUACAGAAAUAAUCUGAAAAAUCCACCUGUCUGUCUGGUGGCAUCAAAAAUUCAUGAUGAAGGGAAUUGUCUAGUCUCCUGGCGACGCAAAAGGUCCAAACAGAAGAAAAUUUCCAUUUGGACACGUGAGUUAAUUUGUGUGUGAAGAAUUUUUGUUUUUUUUAAACUUCUGGAGAAGAUGAAGCAUCAACAAGUGGUAGUUGACUACUGGACAAUGUUCAAAACCAUGUUUACUUACUUGGUUCUCGUGGCUGGAGCCUGGCUCAUGUUCAGGCUGUUUCAUGCGGUGUUCUGGUUCCCAAAGAUCCUUCAGGGGAAACAUGAGGAGAUUGCCAGGAAGAUUGAGUAUCAUACGAAGAGACUGCAGGAGACCAUGGAGAAGAACCAGGGAAUGGAGGACGGGGAUGGGACUGGAAAAGAGGCAGUGACAAAUGAGAGUGCAGAAAGGGAAGAAAGGGAAGAAAUAUCUGGGCAGGAGACCAAAAAAGAAAAGUAGAUUAUAGUAGUGUUGUAUAUUUAAAUACAUUUCAACAAGAUUCAAAUUGGUA